UGUUCGUCACGCACGUCACUUACAUUCAUAAUGAACUGAUCUAGGCCUAACGAGAAAUUAUAACAAUAAAAUUAGACUGCACUGCAGUUUUAUUUUAGGACUGGCAAGAAUCAGGAAGUAGCAGGGCGAGGUGGAAACUAUUGCAUUUAAAGAAGCUCGAGCCGAGGAAAUAGAUUUGAAAAGUUUGCCAACCCGUCAAUCCCUGCACGGUCUACAUGAUGUGUGAGUACAUGCCUCCGUGCAGCAAAGGGGCCGUCUUCAUUAUAGACGAGUACAACCUGGCCCUGUGUGCCAUCGUAACCCUGUUGAUGCAGACGACGUUCUUCAUCAUCGCAGCAACCUGCAAGUUUGACAAAGUCACGGACUUCGCCGGAGGGAGUAACUUCGUAGUCCUGGCACUUCUGACCUUCUUUCUGGCAGGGACCUAUGGAGCCAGACAGAUUGCCGUGACCGUCUUCGUUUGCGCCUGGGGGUUCCGUCUCUCUGGCUAUCUCCUGUAUCGCAUCAUCAAGAUUGGCGAAGACAAUCGCUUCGACGAAAUCAGAGGAAAUUUCCUGAAAUUUGCUGGCUUCUGGUUCUUCCAGGCCGUGUGGGUCUUCUCGGUCAGCCUGCCGGUCAUCUUCAUCAACGCAGCCAAGAAUGCAGAGGGGGGCUGCUUCGGCGUCCUGGACAUCAUCGGCACUGUCUUCUUUGUCAUCGGGUUGGUCAUUGAGACGGUUGCCGACAUGCAGAAGUUCAGCUUCCGCAACAAUGCGGAGAACAAGGGCAAGUGGUGCGCCGUCGGUCUGUGGUACUGGUCUCGUCAUCCCAACUACCUGGGUGAGAUCACCCUGUGGUUGGGCAUCUUCCUGGUGAGCUGUAGCGUUGUCAUAUACUGCGAGUGGGUCGUUGUCAUCAGCCCAAUCUUCAUCAUCUGUAUCCUGCUGUUUGUCAGCGGCGUGCCCAUGCUGGAACAGAAAUCGGACGACCGAUACGGAUGCCGAGCGGAAUACCAGGAGUACAAGAGGCAGACCAGCCCCAUCCUCCUCUGUCCGCCCCGCCUCUACCGAUCUUUGCCGGAUGUCGUCAAGUGCCUGUUCCUGUGCGAGUUUCCAUUCUACAACCUCAAGCCGAAAGACGAAUGCAAACCGAUAACAGCUGCGCCUACUGAAGGACAAAGCGUUGUGAGGGCUUAAGUCUUGAUGGGGAAUGUGAGGGCGCCCUUCACUCAUACUGUAACUAUACAUCUGUAUUUCGUGUGGAAAGAAUUUGGUUGUAGUACAGGGUGCCCCAACAAAAAUGCAACCUUAAAAGAUUUGCCUUGUUUCAAAAACGUGGCCGGUGAAUGAUUAUGUUUUGGAUAUCAGAUUGAAGCUGAGAGUUUUUUCUUUCAAAUACUGAGAAAAAAAAAUCAUGAAAACAGCACAUUGGGUUGCUGAGAAAAUGUCAAUUAUGUAACACAACUCCUUUUUUGGUCCAUUCAAAUGGCAUUACUACAGUUAAGGGAUAUACACUGUACCUAUCUGUGCAUGUCCUAAUCCUUACAAACAACACGGCGCAUAAUAUGACAAGAGCACAAAUGUGACCUGUUCUGUCAAAAGCAGACGCUUCUGGGCAGAGGUUGAAAGUAAGAUAUGGCCAAAAAACUGUGGAGGUGAUUUUUUUUCGAUUGUCCAAUUUUAUCAUAUUUGUAAUCCUGAACAUGUCUUAAAUAUACUAUGAAAGUUUGAAACCAUAAUUUGAACUCUAAA